UUGAAAACAAUAACUAAUUUAGGUAAUACAAUGAGCAAGCAUCAGCCUUGUUCUAUCUGAUAUCAGAACAAUACACACUGGCAACACUCUUGUAAGAGCUAUGUAUGUAGCAGUUGCAUCCAGAUCUGGGUUAUCACAAGGAUAACCUCAGAUAAACUCGCUUCAAUGGAGCCGAUACCUUGCCUCCAGCAGAAAUGUAAUGAGUCUAUCUUUUUCUCAGAAAUGCAAGAAUGCCUUUCUCCUGAACAAAUGGACAAAGUAUACAAGGCUUAUAACGAUAAUUACAUAUCGCUAAGCAUGGAUAUUGUGAGAUGACCAAACCCAGGAUGCUCUUUUGCAGGGGUAAUGCCACCAAACAAGUGUAUUGAUCCCUUUGAGUGCCCUGAUUGAGGAUAUACAUGGAGAGAUCAUGGACAAUUAUCAAAUUCAGAACUUGCCUCAAGAUCUUUCUACGGGCUGUUUAACUAUAAUCCUGAGUCUUUCAACUACCUAAACAAACUUAUUUACAACAAAGCGUGUCCUAGUUGAGGAAUGGCUAUAGAGAAACUAGAAGGUUGCUCCCAUAUGAUGUGUCAACAAUGAAGAUACGAGUUCUGUUGGGAUUGCCUAGGCCAUUUCGCCGGAUACAUGCAUGAAAAAGGACAAAUCUGUUGGCUGAGAAAAUAUCUCCUGAGAACCCUAACCUUAAUCCCCAUUCUGUUGCUAAUUUUCCAUUGGUUGCUAUCCUAUUCACUCCCAGAGCCACAAAUCGGUGUCUAACCCCUAAAAUAACACCUAAAUUUUGUAACUUAAAACAACCUACCCUCACCUUUCCCUACUCCUCCUAAAUUUCCCAUUUCCCCCACACAGAACCCUCUCUGACCCCUCUCAGACUCCAUUUCUGAUAUUUU